GAGAUAAAAGAAACAUAGAUAGAUAAUGAUAGAAUGAAGAAGCAGGAAGAAGGAAGCACAAGCGCUCGGUCCUCCCAUCGCUGUUGCUGCUUUAGUUUUGGUUUUGGAUCACUGCUGCUCCGAUCUCUGUGGAUGGGCCAGUCGGCUUCGACUGCUGCAAUCUCAUCAUCGGCGUUAAACCACAGCGACAGCAACAACCCUACACAAAAUCUCAUCAAGACCAGAUCCACUUCUCUCGUCUUUCCGAUGUCUGGUUACAUCUCCGAUCUCCCCGACGAGUGCUUGGCCUACAUCUUCCAGUACCUGGGAUCCCUUGACCGCAAACGCUGCUCCCUUGUUUGCAGCCGUUGGCUCUAUGUUGAGGGUCAGAGCCGACAUCGCCUUUCCCUUAAGGCUGAAUCUGAUCUACUUCCUCUCAUCCCUUCUCUCUUCACUCGCUUCGAUGCCGUCACCAAGUUAGCCCUUAAAUGUGAUCGCCGAUCUGUAAGUAUUGGAGACGAUGCUCUUGUACUCAUUUCUCUCCGUUGCCGUAACCUCACUCGCCUCAAGCUCCGUGCUUGCCGUGAGUUAACCGAUGCAGGUAUGGCUGCUUUUGCCAUCAACUGCAAGGGUUUGAAGAAACUUUCUUGUGGUUCCUGCACCUUUGGUGCCAAGGGUAUGAACGCUGUCCUUGAUCACUGCUCCUCCCUCGAAGAGCUCUCCGUCAAGCGUCUUCGUGGCCUUACUGAUGGUUCCGCUGCAAAAUCUAUCGGACCAGGUGUCGCUGCUUCCUCUCUUAAGACCAUCUGCCUCAAGGAGCUCUACAACGGCCAGUGCUUUGGACCCUUGAUUAUGGGCUCCAAGAAUCUCAGGACCUUGAAACUAUUUCGCUGCUCUGGGGACUGGGAUAAGCUCCUCGAAUCAAUAGCCGAACGAGUCACUAGCCUGGUUGAGGUCCAUCUGGAGAGACUCCAAGUUAGCGACAUCGGCCUCGCUGCUAUCUCUAGUUGCUCGGAUCUAGAGAUCUUGCACCUUGUUAAGACUCCCGAGUGCACGAAUACGGGGCUUGUGUCCAUCGCUGAUCACUGCAAGCUACUAAGGAAACUCCACAUCGAUGGAUGGAAGACCAAUCGGAUAGGUGAUGAGGGCCUAAUUGCCAUUGCUAAACGGUGCCCUAACAUUCAGGAGUUGGUUCUUAUUGGUGUCAAUCCUACUUCUUUGAGUUUGAGCCUGCUCGCUGCCAAUUGCCAUAAUCUCGAGCGCUUAGCACUCUGUGGGAGUGACACGUUUGGUGACGCUGAGAUUUCAUGCAUUGCUUCUAAAUGCAUUGCAUUGAAGAAGCUCUGCAUUAAGAGCUGCCCUGUCACCGAUCAUGGGAUGGAAGCGCUUGCUGGUGGCUGCCCUAAUCUGAUCAAGGUGAAGGUUAAGAAGUGCAAGGGAGUAACUGGUGAAGGUGUGGAUUGGUUGAGGGCUAGUCGGGGUUCAUUGGCUGUGAAUUUGGCUACUGGAGAAGUCGAUCAUCAGGACGCUAGUGCUAGUGACGGAGGAGCCCAGGACAACGGGCUGGAGUUUCCUCCGGUAGUUAGCCACAUCUCAGCUGUUGAUAUGCCAUCUAGCAGUUCGGGCAGAUCAACAUUGUUCAAGGGGAGACUUGGAUUUUUAGGAGGGAGGAAUUUUGUGGCCUGCACUUUCAGGAGAUGGUCAAACAGUAAUAGCAAUCCUCAGAGUAACUAGAGGAAAUGGACAUACCCACGAAUGGAAAAGGGAAACAACCCCCUCACCCACCCACCCAAAAAAAAAAAAAAGGGAAAAGAAAGACCUUUUUUCACAUUGUUUUGUGCUGUACCAUUGUUGUUUUCUUUCUUCUUUAUUAUUGUAUGAUGUUAUUUAUUGGGUAUAAAAUUGAAUCAAUGUUUUUGGAAAUGACUACUGCAAAAAAUUUUAUUCUACCUCUUGCUUAACUAUAUCUUCAAAGAAAGUUGGUUGCUGCUUCUUCC